CCCCCCCCCCACUCUAAGCCCCGUCCCCACCGACUUGAACUCCCGCUCCUUCUGGGCCCCCGCCCCUGGCCCCCCGGGACGGACACGCCCUGAGCGGGGGAUGCUGCGCCGGAGCCGCCGGCCUCUUAAAGGAGCCCGCGGCUGCCGUCCGGCGCGCCGCAGCCCGGGCUGGCUCGCCCAGGCUCUGGGCCCCCUUCUUGGAGGUGUCCUGCUGCAGUCCCACUGUGGGCCUCAUGCGGGUUCUGGGGCCUUGUGACCUGCCCCGUAGACCCUUCCCAUACCCCGGGGAGCAGCUGCUCUGGCAGCUCCGGCCUCGGCCCCUCGCCUACCACUGUCGCCAGCUGGGCUCCCCUCGUCACCGCUCGUUUCACCCGGGUGGAAUCCGCCCUGUCGGAGGUCUUUUCCCUCAUUAUCGUUCCAAGAUUCCUCGACCUCCACCCUCAUUCCCUUCUCGGCGAGACGUCCUUCCUAGACCCAUUCUUGAAACACUCUUUGGAUCACGUUUUUCGGGGCACCUCGUUCUUCCUGUCCAAGGUCACAAGGUCCCCUACAUCCUUCACUCUGGUGGUACCGGGACGCUGGGGCUCCGAAAGCACGUGUUCGGGCCUGCGGGCGCUUUAGUUCGUUAACUACUCUCGGGUGUUGUUUUUGUUUUCGGUGGAGACUAAAGAAGACUAGAGCAGAAGGCCCGUCUGAUGAGUCUCGGGCCCCAGGUUCCCUCCCGGACAGUUAAAGGAAGGUUCCCUCGGACCCUGACAGGCUGCGAGCCGUUAAUGAAGGGAGGCAAGGACAAGGCUUUAGGUGCGGAGGCCUGAGGCGCCAAGGGACUUAUACUGGUGGCUGGGGAGACAGUUCCUGAAAAAACUUCCAACCCUAGAGCUCUGGGGUGCAGGCGGCCAGGUGACCAAUCGGCGAGCGCCUAGAAGAGGUCGCUCUCAACAUAGCCAAUGAGGCCGCGAAGCCUGCCGUGGCGGCCUAUGACGCGCGGGCACCUGGGUUCUGUAGUUCUGUGAGUGAUGCAUCCCUUGCCGCCCCGCCCCCAGCCGCCUUCACCCCGCUAGUACGCAUGCGCACAGGCUCGGCCUGGGUGGAGGCAGUGCGCAAGGAAGAAGGCGGGACGACAUUAGAAAACAAAAAGCACUGGUAGGUUGGGGAGCUUCCGUGGGGGAUCCGCUCCUCCCAGAGGGCGGCGCAGGCGCCCGGGCGAGCCACGCGGAGAGUUGUGGGGCGGGUAGCUCGACUCCUGAUGAAGACACAAGGAGUCGGAUGGGUGGGGGACUCCAGAUCCCAGCAUGCCCCGCGGCGGGCCCUACCGGCCGCGACUCCGGGCUUGGCCCCGGCCCUAGCUCGUCGGCGGUGUACUGGGGCGCGUGGAGGCUGUAGUCACGGUGGCGCCCGCGGGGACGGAGGAGGGAAUGAGUGAAGAGGAGCAGGGCUCCGGCACUACCACAGGCUGCGGGCUGCCCAGCAUAGAGCAAAUGCUGGCCGCCAACCCGGGCAAGACCCCGAUCAGCCUUCUUCAGGAGUAUGGGACCAGAAUAGGAAAGACGCCCGUGUACGACCUUCUCAAAGCCGAGGGCCAAGCCCAUCAGCCUAAUUUCACCUUCCGGGUCACCGUUGGCGACACCAGCUGCACUGGUCAGGGCCCCAGCAAGAAGGCGGCCAAGCACAAGGCAGCUGAGGUGGCCCUCAGACACCUCAAAGGGGGGAGCAUGCUGGAGCCAGCCCUGGAGGACAGCAGUUCUUUUUCUCUCCUAGACUCUUCACUGCCUGAGGACUCGCCUGUCAUUGCUGCAGAAGUUGCUGCCCCUGUUCUAUCUACUAUACUAACCAGGAGCCCUUCCAUGGAGAUGCAGCCCCCUGUCUCCCCUCCACAGUCUGAGUGCAACCCUGUUGGAGCUCUGCAGGAACUUGUGGUGCAAAAAGGCUGGCGGUUGCCAGAGUACAUGGUGACCCAGGAGUCUGGGCCUGCUCAUCGCAAAGAAUUCACCAUGACCUGCCGAGUAGAGCGCUUCAUUGAGAUUGGCAGUGGCACUUCCAAAAAGCUGGCAAAGCGUAAUGCGGCAGCUAAAAUGCUGCUCCGAGUGCAUACGGUACCUCUGGAUGCCCGGGAUGGCAACGAGGCAGAACCUGAUGACGAUCAUUUUCCCAUUGGUGUGAGCUCCCGCCUGGAUGGACUUCGGAACCGGGGGCCAGGCUGUACUUGGGAUUCCCUGCGCAAUUCUGUGGGAGAAAAGAUCCUGUCCCUUCGAAGUUGCUCCGUGGGCUCUCUGGGGACUCUGGGCUCUGCCUGCUGCAAUGUCCUCAGUGAGCUUUCUGAGGAGCAGGCUUUCCAUGUCAGCUACCUGGACAUUGAAGAACUGAGCCUGAGUGGGCUCUGCCAGUGCCUAGUGGAACUGUCCACCCAGCCAGCCACUGUGUGUCAUGGUUCUGCAACUACCAGGGAGGCAGCCCGAGGUGAGGCUGCUCGCCGCGCCCUACAGUACCUCAGGAUCAUGGCGGGUAGCAAGUAGUGCCCUGGCUGCAGUGAUGGAUGUUACUUUGUACUUCUUGCUCCUCCUGACCCUGGGCCCAUGCAUCAACCUAGCUCUGGAACCUUCCAGAGGUGCCAUCUCUACCUCUGACACAGACUGCCUGCCAUGAGACUGAGGAAGGCAUAGGCAAGCAAAGGAGCCAUGAACCACAGGGCCCCACCCAGUACAGGAUUUGCUCUCAUUCUAUGGAUGAUGAAUGAAAAGGAAAUUGGAAUUCUGUUGGAAUCCGGAAUGAAUGCUGCUCUUUGGCUUCCAAAACCCUGCUUUCUGUGGCCAUGGGUCAUGUGGUGUCAGAGGAAUAAACGUGGUGUGUUUAUUCUUCUGCUGAA